AGCCGCAGCGCCCGGAGCAGGCUGGGCCCGCCGCCCCGCGCUCCGGCCCCGGGGGCUGCCCAGGGCAGCACUUCCUUUUCUCCUAUCCUGUGAUUCUCCUGAUCACGACUCAGCAUCCAUUUGGCCGAAGCUGAUUUCCAAAAGCAGGAAUCUGUGGAGUUGGACUGAGGGGAAUGAACCGUGAGGGAGCUCCCGGGAAGAGUCCGGAGGAGAUGUACAUUCAGCAGAAAGUUCGGGUCUUGCUCAUGCUGAGGAAGAUGGGAUCAAAUCUGACAGCCAGUGAGGAAGAAUUCCUGCGGACGUAUGCAGGGGUAGUGAGCAGCCAGCUGAGCCAGCUCCCAUCACACUCCAUCGACCAGGGUGCAGAGGACGUGGUCAUGGCGUUUUCCAGGUCGGAGACAGAAGACAGGCGGCAAUAGCUACAGCGCAACCUGGAACCCACUGGAAGUCAACGAGGGCCAUGCAAGCUCUGGGAAGCUGGCUGCCUGCACCGGUCCCCUGCCCUUCCCUCCUCCCCACUCUUCAUGCCCCUAACUCCCUCUCCCCUGCCCUGGGAAGCACCUCCCAGCCCACUACCCAGCUGGCUGUGUUAGCGAGGGGGAGACCAGUGGUGCACAUGGGAUUGGCUCAAAGGGAUGGACUUUGUAAUUGGCUACAGGGAGAAAUCUUUUUAUUUUUUAAAACCUGACCAAUGGAAACCUUUUCUUUUUAUUUCUGCCUCUUUCACCACCUCAUCCCUUUUCUUGCUGUCUGGGCAUAGAACUUCCCAGGAAGCUCUCCUAUGCCUUGGUGCUUUAUUUAGGUCAUUUUUAGCAAUGUGAAAAGGUUUUGAUUGGCUGCCUAAA